AUGAGCCAAAGACGAAUUCUUCAAGACUUUGAGCAGUACCAGAAAGCACGAAUGCAAUUUGUCCAGACCAUUGCGGAAUUAUCAACACAAAAGCAAAACAUAGAAACACUGCAAAGCGCAGGUGUUAUGUCUCUACUUCGACCGCUUUUGUUAGACACAGUUCCAACUAUCCAGCAAACAGCCGCAUUGGCACUUGGAAGAUUGGCCAAUCACAAGCAAGACCUGGCGGAAGCGGUGGUGAAAGAAGACAUAUUACCUCAACUGGUUUUCUCGUUAGCGGAACAAAACAGAUUUUAUAAAAAAGCGGCUGCUUUUGUCUUACGAGCUGUUGCAAAGCACUCACCAGAACUGGCACAAAAGGUAGUGGAUUCCGGGGCUCUAGAUGCUUUGGUAAUCGGACUGGAAGAAUUCGAUCCAAGUGUGAAAGAGGGGUCAGCAUGUGCUCUGGGUUACAUAGCACGGCAUUCCGCUGAGUUGGCACAAACGGUGGUUGAUGCGGGAGCCGUUCCUCUUCUUGUUCUGUGCGUCCAAGAGCCGGAAAUCAACCUCAAGCGAGUUGCAGCCAGUACACUAGCAGAUAUCGCAAAACAUUCAAGUGAAUUAGCACAGUCUGUCGUCGAUGCAGGGGCAGUGGCGCACUUAGCCCAACUGGUUCUCAAUCCAGACGCAGGACUGAAGCGACAAGUAUAUGCGGCUCUUUCUACUAUAGCGAAACAUUCUGUCGACCUGGCGGAACUUGUCGUCGAAGCAGAGAUAUUCCCAACAAUCUUGGUUUGCUUGAAAGACCCGGACGAGAUGGUCCGAAAGAACUGCGCUACUCUGAUACGUGAUAUCGUGAAACAUACUCCGGAGCUCAGCCAACUAGUAAUCAACUCCGGUGGAGUGGCAGCACUUGUUGAUUACAUUGGGGAUUCAAAAGGAUAUAUCUGCCUUCCAGGGGUAAUGGCACUUGGCUAUAUAGCUGCCCAUUCUGAGACGCUGGCUAUGGCUGUUAUAGUAUCCGAUGGUGUUUUGCAACUGAAAUGUGUCCUCACUAGAGAGUGUAAAGAUGAUAUCCGAGCGGCUGCCGCUUGGUCUUUGGGUCAAAUAGGGAGACACACGCCUGAGCAUGCAAAGGCCGUAUCGUUAGCGGAUGUACUUCCUGAACUACUGAGAUACUACGUAAAUCCCGACUCAACUGAGGAUCUGAAGCUCAAGACGAAGAAGGCAUUGAAACAGAUAAUACAGAAGUGUGUCACACUGGAGGCCCUAGAACCUCUGCUGAACCUAGCGCCCAGCAAUAUACUUAAAUAUACCGUUGCACAAUUCAGCAAGGUUCUUCCGCAUGAUACUAAUUCGCGACGUUUGUUCGUUACAUCGGGUGGACUGAAGAAAAUUCAAGAGUUGAAAAACGACUGCGAUGCACAGUUGGCGGAGUAUAUUACGGCUAUUAACAAUUGUUAUCCCGAAGAAGUUGUACGAUAUUACUCGCCAGGAUAUGUGGAAACAUUGAUGGAACGAGUGACAGCAUACCAGAUACCAAUAUGA